AUGCUCAAUGACGAAGCACAAAUUGCCUCGCCGUCGUUAGUCGGCGUUGCCCUGACGGAAUGGGGUAGCAUCCCACCAACCAAAUAUCGUACCAUCCAACGCACCCUCCUGAUGAUCACCAUCACGAAUGCCACCCCCUUCCCUGGGCAGGAGAGCCGAGCUGCCGUCGCAGGCGCAACCCGAAUGCCCAACUCAAAGCCCCCUCCACCCGAACUCGCCCUUGGACCUAGCGCACCACAAGGCCACCGCAUCCCCAUCAGUGGCCUGUCAAAAGGUCGAUACGUUUAG